AUGGGGUCUAGUCAUGGAGAAAAGAUCAUUGUGGGGAUUGAUCAUGGAACAACGAGUACUGAGAUUGUCUUCGGUUUGAGCAGCUCGGAAGAUUUCCGAAUCCUGUCUCAAUGGCCUGGGGCGCACUCUUCCCUCCGUUCCGAGUGUCCUUCCAUCAUUUCCUAUGGCCAAGAUACCACUGAUUCCAUAAAAUGGGGAUUCAAAGUUCCAGAAACCCUUUCAAGUGCCGAUCAAAAAUUCGUUUGGUUCAAAAUGAUGCUGGACGAUAAAUUGGAACGAAGUGAAUUUUACGACGAGGCCUUGCAGCAUGUCCUUCGUUCUAAAGUUUUAAAACUGCCAGAUGGACAGACUGCAGCAAGUGUUACGACAGAUUUCCUUUUCCAGGUCUAUCGUCACUUGAAGAAAACCUUGAUUUCGAGAUUUGGCGAUGAAAAGUUUCACCAAGGCGCUAUUGACUUCUACUUUACUAUUCCAGCUUGUUGGAUGCAUCAAACACAAGAUACUAUGCGUACGGCGAUCGAGAAUGCGGGGUUUGGCUCAUGCCCGCUACAUGAGGUGAAGUUAUUAGCAGAGCCCGAAGCUGCUAUUAUGUCGGUGAUACAAGAAAUUGACUUGAAAAUCGAGACUGGGGACGGAGUCAUGAUAUGUGAUUGCGGAGGUGGUAUAGUGGAUAUUGCAACAUACCAUGUCAUGGAUCUUGCAAAUCCUGCUCUAGAAAGGAUUUCCACUACCAUGGGUGGCAAAUGUGGUGGUGCUAGUAUUGAUUGCAGGCUAUACGAAUACCUUGCCCAGCUCUCAGACGGGAAGUUCUGGCAUCUUCCACUCAACAACAUCCUGACAGGAGGUUCAUUCAUGAAUUUCUUUGAGAUAGUCAAGAGUGAAUUUUCCGGAGAAUUGGCGCGCACGUACAUCUUAUAUCCGAAUGGUCCCCAUGGGGUUGGGAUUCCGCUUCCUGACAAAGAAAUCAAGCGGAUAUACAAUUCGGUCCUUCAGAAAAUCUUUGAAAUGAUCAUUUCCGAGUUGACUGCAGUCCAAGCUAUAUACAAGCGUCAGAUACUAAUCAACGUGAGUCUAGUGAAACCCCCAAUGAUUAUCGACAGCUAA